GAGGAUAACAAAAACUGGUAAAAAAGAUGAAGAUGGAGAGACAACUGUUGUUGUUGAAAAAGAUGAUUUUAUGGAUGAUUUCUUCCAGCAGGUUGAGGAACUCAGAAACAAUAUAGCUAAAAUAGCACAAAAUGUGGAAGAAGUUAAGAAGAAACACAGCAUUAUCUUGUCUGCACCAAAUCCUGAAGGCAGAACAAAGGAAGAACUCGAGGACCUGAACAAAGAAAUCAAGAAAAUUGCUAAUAAAACUCAAGCUAAGUUAAAGGCUAUUGAACAAAGUUUUGAUCAAGAUGGGAAUGCUAAUCGAACAUCAGUUGACCUCAGGAUACAAAAAACACAGCACUCGGUAUUGUCCUGGAAGCUUGUGGAGGUCAUGACAGAAUACAAUAGGACCCAGACCCGAUUUCGAGAACGCAGCAAAGGACGGAUACAGCGACAGUUAGAAAUAACUGGAAAAAACACCACUGAUGAAGAACUGGAAGAAAUGUUAGAAAGUGGUAAUCCUUCUAUUUUCACUUCUGAUAUUAUAUCGGACUCCCAAAUUACUAGACAAGCUCUGAAUGAAAUUGAGUCACGACACAAAGAUAUUAUGAAACUGGAAUCCAGUAUACGGGCACUACAUGACAUGUUUAUGGACAUGGCUAUGUUUGUUGAGACUCAGGGUGAAAUGAUCAACAGCAUAGAAAAGAAUGUGAUGAAUGCAUCAGAUUAUGUAGAACAUGCUAAAGAGGAGACAAAAAAAGCAGUUAAAUAUCAAAGUAAAGCGCGAAGGAAAAAGUGGAUGAUUGUCAUUAUAUCGCUGGUGUUGGUUGCCUUAAUUGCUCUAAUUGUUGGUUUGUCAGUUGGUAUUCGAUGA